AUGCUGACUCUUGGUGCUCUUAUCUUCUUCGCCAUAGCUGCGGCUAUCGCGCUGGUCGCCAAGAAGACACUAUCCAAACCACAAAAGGAAAGCCUCAUCUCAAGAGCUAUACCUGCUGCCGCACCACUCACACAACCUCUUCCAUCAACAUGGUACAAGUCUGACGACAUCUAUGAACUUGAACGACGCGCCAUCUUCUCCAAGAAAUGGAUCCUGCUCACCCACAAGAUGCGAUUCGAGCAGACUGGCUCCUGGGUCCGCUACGCUGAAGCUGGCUUCGACUUCUUCCUUAUCCGCAAUGCCGAGGGCACAAUCAAGGGUUUCCACAACAUCUGCCGUCACCGAGCCUUCCCAGUCGUGGUCAAGGAUAAUGGCCAGAACAAUGUCCUGUCUUGCAAGUACCACGGCUGGUCCUAUGGUAUGAACGGACAGCUUGCCAAGGCUCCUCUCUACCAAGAUCUCCCCGCAUUUGACCGAUCCAAGAACGGCCUGUUCCCUCUGCACACCCAUGUUGAUGAAAAGGGCUUUGUCUGGAUCAACAUGGAUGCCAAGACCCAACCUGAGACUGCCUGGAAUGAAAGCAACCGAACAGCCCGCUACAGCUCUUUCAACCUCGACGACUACACGUUUGAUCACGUCAAGCAGGAUACCAGCAGCUUCAACUGGAAGACCCUUGCCGACAAGUCCAAUGCCAACAGCAACGCCCCUGCCGAGGUCCAGGAAAAGGGCACUUCACUCGUCAGCGACUUUUACUUUCCCAACGCUUCCAUGACUAUCUCGCCCCACUUCUUCUUCCUCUUGAGAUGUGUUCCCACGUCAGCCACCAAGUCUCAACUCCAAUAUGAGAUCUACCGCCACAAGAACGCCAGCAGCGAUGAAUUUGCCAAGGUCGAGGAGAUCCUACAGCAAACCGCCAGCGAACAUGAAGCCCCAGCAGAGAAGAACCUCCGAGCAGGUGUGCUUGUUGACCAGACCCCCCUCCAGUUCCAAAACCAGGUGUAUCAACUAGUUGAACACCACCGCAAGCUUGAGGGUAUCGCUGGACGAGAGAUUCGACCUGCGCAACAGAUCCUCGACAAAUCUGCUACCAAGACUGAGCAGGAUACGAGCCUCUUCUCUUCAUGUUCUGGCCUCUCGUGUGAUAAGAUUCAAAAGGAUCUUUCUUGGUGA